CCCAUCCAAAUCUUCCACCUGGGGAUUUCCAAAUGAAAAUGAACCCAGCCGUUCAUACUCGUCUAAAGAAGUUGCUUUGCUAACCUACAUGACGAGCUCAGGAUGUGAAUUUAUAACCUGAUGACAGCCUACAUGGAGCUACCUGAAUACCUCUGAACUAUUGCUUCAAAACAAUUUACUCGAGCAGUAUAUGAAACCUCGUAGCCUUCAAAUUAGCGGCGACAGUUUUGGCAGAAGCACAACAGUGCCACGAACCAACGAUGACGAACACCAUGGCCCCAACAAUCUGUAGCAGUAAUCGGGCUGCCCUGCUGUUCCCUGGCCUCAUCCUCAACUUCCUCCUCUUGUCGACACGACACAACGCCGCCGCGUCCGGAAACGGCGUGCAUGCCGGUGCCAGCAGGUCCCUGGCGUCGUGCCUCGUCGCCUCCGGCGUCCGCAACUUCUCCCUCGCGGGGUCCCCGGCCUACAGCUCGCUCCUCGGCUUCUCCGUCCAGAACCUCCGCUUCGCGCUCCCGGGGGUGCGCAAGCCGGCCGCCGUCGUGCUCCCGGCCUCCAGGCGCGACCUCCGGCGCGCGGUCCUCUGCGCGCGCCGCGCGGCCGCGGCCAUCCGCGUGCGCAGCGGCGGGCACAGCUACGAGGGCCAGUCCUACACGGUCGCCGGCGCCGCGCUGGGGGACGGCGGCGCGCCCUUCGUGGUGGUCGACCUCAUGAACCUGAACAGGGUGCGCGUCGACGCUGCGUCGGCCACCGCAUGGGCGGAAUCCGGCGCAACGCUGGGCGAGGUCUACCACGCCGUUGCGCGCACGGCAUCGCCGAACGGAUCCUCCUCCUCCUCUUCCCUGGCGUUCGCCGCCGGGUCGUGCUCGACGGUCGGGGUGGGCGGCCACGUCUCCGGCGGCGGGUUCGGCCUGCUGUCGCGCAAGUUCAUGCUCGCCGCCGACAACGUGCUGGACGCGCUCCUCGUCGACGCGGAGGGCAGGGUCCUGAACCGGGGCGCCAUGGGCGAGGACGUGUUCUGGGCGAUCCGCGGCGGCGGCGGGGGCAGCUGGGGCGUCGUCUACGCCUGGAAGCUCCGGCUCGUCCCUGUCCCCGACACGGUGACGGUGUUCACGCCGAGCAGGGAAGGUUCGGUGGACGCCAUCGCGGGGCUCGUGCACCGGUGGCAGUUCGUCGGCCCUGCUCUCCCCGACGAGUUCUACCUGUCCGUGUUCCUCACGAUCGGCGGCGCAUCACAAGAAGAUACUAACGUGACAGUGUCCUUCACAGGGCUAGUUCUUGGACCGAGGGAGCUCGCCAUGUCCGUUCUAAGCGAGAGGUUCCCAGAGCUGGGCCUCGCCGCGACAGAGUUGUCGGAGAUGAGCUGGGUGGAGUCCGCAGCGCAGUUCGCCGGGCUAGGCUCGGCGGAGGAGCUCACCAGCAGGGUCUCAAAGACGAAACACUACGGCAAGAACAAGUCGGACUACGUGAGGCAGCCCGUCGCAAGGGACGCCCUCGCGGCAAUCCUCCGGUACCUGUCCGCGGGGCCAGCGGGGUACGUGAUCCUGGACCCCUACGGCGGCGCCAUGGCCCGCGCGGGCGCCACGGACACACCGUUCCCGCACCGCGCCGGCAACCUGUACGGCGUCCAGUACGGCGUCACCUGGGACGCCGACGACGACGGGGAGGCGCGCAUGUCGUGGCUCCGGGCGCUGUACGCGUACAUGGCGCCGCACGUUUCCAGCGGUCCGCGCGCCGCCUACGUGAACUACAUCGACCUUGACCUCGGCACCGUCGCCGCCACCGCCGCCGCGAACAGGUCGGCAACGGCGGUAGACCGAGCCCGGGAGACCUGGGGCGCGUCCUACUUCUCCGCCGAGAACUUCGAUAGGCUCGUCCGGGCCAAGACGCGCAUCGAUCCUGCCAAUGUCUUCAACAACGCGCAGAGUAUACCACCAUUGCAAAGGCACGAUUGAAUGCUUGAAUCUAAAUAGAGAAUAAGACUAGAAAACGCAUAUAUAGGCGAUCAUAACAAUAAAAAUGUGUUAUUCCCACUUUGCACGCGGGAUCGACGUCAAGUUCACCUGAAAACGAAGCUGAAUUAUGAGAAUCUGGCAUGAAUCGGAAUGAAAUGGAUUUGUGGAUUGCACUGCACAGCGAAGUGUAUACAGUGGGAACAUUGCCUUGGCCUCAACGAAGCCCGGGUCAAGGUUAAUGCUGCAUCUGCAUGUAUCUUGCGUUGGACAGUCAUUGUGUUGGCGUCAUGGCAAGUGGUAACAUAGGGAGAAGGUUGGAGAGGAAGAAAAAGAGGCACAUGUUACUCUCUCCGUUCUGAAAUGUAAGUCAUUUUAGUUUAAGUUGAUCAAAUUUAUAGAAAAUAAUAUUAAAUUUUCAUAAUUUACUUA